AUGUCAAACAGCAUAGCCGGCAAGACAAACGGCACAGCAUCCGAAACCAUCUCAAGUCUACGUACAGCCCUCACCAACGAAAACACCGCGCUUGCGAAACGAUUCCGGGCACUCUUCUCACUCAAACAUGUCGCCUCACAAGAGCCAGGUCCGGAAGCCUCAGACGCCAUCAAGGCAAUCGCAGCGGCUUUCGCCUCGCCAUCAGCACUAUUGAAACAUGAGCUUGCCUAUUGUCUUGGUCAAACGAAGAACCUCGCCGCUGUGCCGUUCUUACGGGCUGUUUUAGAGAAUCGAUCAGAAGAUCCCAUGUGUAGACAUGAGGCAGCCGAGGCGCUGGGCGCGCUAGGAGACAUCACAUCAAUCGAGUUGAUGGAGGACAUGAGACAAGACGAGAAAGAGCCAGUCGUGGUACGCGAAACAUGUGAUAUUGCGCUGGAGAGGAUACGAUGGCUGAAUUCGGACGCCGGCAAGAGCGAACAACUCAAGAAGAGUGACUUCACCUCCAUCGAUCCUGCACCACCAAUGCCGGCUUCGGAAGCGUCGUCGUCGAUAGCAGAUCUCCAGAACACCCUCCUCGACACAAAGUUGUCCCUUUUCCUCCGCUACAGAGCCAUGUUUGCUCUCAGAGAUCUGGCAUCUCCACCUGAUCUACCUACUGCCAAGCCAGCUGUUCAUGCGCUGGCAUCGGGAUUUCGAGAUCCGUCGGCGCUGUUCCGGCAUGAGAUCGCUUUCGUCUUCGGCCAACUCUCGCAUCCAGAAUCGAUACCUGCCUUACUGGCAGUCCUCGAGGACAGUAAGGAGGAAAGCAUGGUGCGACACGAGGCAGCAGAAGCCCUCGGUAGUCUUGGAGACGAGCCUGGCGUGGAGGACAUGCUCAAGCGGUUCUUAGACGAUCCGGAGCAAGUGGUUCGCGAAAGUGUGGUCGUGGCUCUCGACAUGGCCGAGUAUGAGAAGAGCACUGAGAUGGAAUAUGCCUUUGUCCCUCCCACAGUGGCGGCUGUAUCAUAG